AGUGUGCGCGCAGACUGCGAGUGUGUCCAAGUGUGUGUGAGCGUGUGGACACCCCCCUCCUCCUUAACUAGCUGGUCAGCAGUGGAGGGAUUAGGAAAGCCAGACCCGCUCACUCACUCAUUCACUCACUCAGUCACUACUAAGUAACAGAUAGGGUUGCAGUAAUCGUGAAUCAUGCUCGUCGUCAUUACUACCGGCUGGGAGUGGAGCCGAAAUUGUGCAAGAUACGGAUAACUGCAUAGAAAAGGUCCGAGUGAGUAAGAGGAGUCACGUUUCCAGGUUUCUUCCCUUUGCCGUGAAAAUGUUUCAUCAGGGACUCCUCUGCCGUCGCCGCCGCUGGCGUUCGGACCCGUCGCAUUAUGUUACUUCCCUCACAUGUGCUUUAUGUUGAAGAAGAAGAAGUGAUCUGGAUAAACCUGCGAGGAUCCUGCCAGGGCGACUGAGCAAAGCGAAGAGCGUGCGGAUAUUGCCCCUUUUUUUUUUUUAUCGCCGUGCAAAGUUUUUUUGUUUAGUUUAGUUUUUUUCUCAAGUGGACUAAGAGGGGAAAAAGUUGGGGUUUCUGGUCAAAAGAGGAAUCAUGGGGAACGCAGGGAGCAUGGACCACCACACUGAUCUCAGGGGACACAACAUGCCCCUGAAACUCCCCAUGCCAGACGCAGGUGAACUGGAGGAGAGAUUUGCGAUCGUUUUGAACUCAAUGAAUCUUCCUCCAGACAAAGCGCGGCUCUUGCGGCAGUAUGACAAUGAGAAGAAGUGGGAACUGAUCUGUGAUCAGGAGCGAUUCCAAGUGAAAAACCCGCCUCACACGUACCUCCAAAAGCUGAGGAGUUAUCUAGAUCCAGCGGUCACAAGAAAGAAAUUCAGACGACGAGUACAGGAGUCCACCCAAGUCCUGAGAGAACUGGAAAUUUCGUUACGGACCAAUCAUAUAGGGUGGGUACGAGAAUUCCUAAAUGAAGAGAACAAAGGCCUGGAUGUGCUGGUGGACUAUCUUUCUUUCGCACAGUAUGCUGUCACUUUCGAUGGCGAGUGCCUGGAGAACAACCCAGAGGCUGCGAUGGAUAAGUCUAAGCCCUGGAGCCGCUCUAUAGAAGACCUCCAUGGAGGAAGCACCCUACCAUCUCCCAUCACUGGGAACGGUAUCACCCGAGUCGGGCGACAUUCCACGUUACGUCAUCUGCUCUUUUGUCUGCCAGUCUUCGACAGCAGGACACCGAGUGCACUGAGCUGUCCAAAGUGUUCUCAAUUAAGACGUUUCAACACAUUGCCCAGCCGGAGAACGCUGAAAAACUCCAGACUGGUCUGCAAAAAAGAUGAUGUCCACGUCUGCAUCAUGUGCCUGCGUGCUAUCAUGAACUACCAGUAUGGCUUCAACAUGGUCAUGUCACACCCGCAUGCUGUGAAUGAAAUUGCACUAAGCCUCAACAACAAAAACCCGAGAACCAAAGCUCUGGUCUUGGAGCUCCUGGCGGCGGUUUGCCUCGUGAGAGGAGGCCACGAAAUUAUUCUCUCUGCGUUCGACAACUUUAAGGAGGUGUGUAUGGAGGAGCAGCGAUUCGAGAAGCUAAUGGAGUACUUCAAGAAUGAGGACAACAACAUUGACUUCAUGGUGGCGUGCAUGCAGUUCAUCAACAUCGUCGUGCACUCAGUGGAGGACAUGAACUUCAGGGUUCAUCUACAGUACGACUUCACCAAGCUGUGUUUGGACGACUACUUAGAUAAACUAAAGCACACAGAGAGUGAUAAGCUGCAGGUCCAGAUCCAGGCUUACUUGGAUAAUGUGUUUGACGUGGGAGCGCUGCUGGAGGAUGCGGAGACCAAAAAUGCUGCCUUGGAGCGGGUGGAGGAGCUGGAGGAGAACAUAUCACAUAUGACAGAGAAGCUGCAGGACAUGGAGAAUGAGGCCAUGGCCAAAAUUGUAGAGCUGGAGAAGCAGCUGAUGCAAAGGAACAAGGAGCUGGAAUCCAUCAGGGAAGUCUAUAAAGAUGCCAGCUCGCAGGUGCACUCGCUGCGACAGAUGUUGAAGGAGAAGGACGAGGCCAUCCAGCGACAAAGUAAACUCGAGAAGAAGAUCCACGAGCUGGAGAAGCAGGGCACCAUCAAGAUCCACAAGAAAGGAGACGGAGACAUCUCAAUCCUAACGUCGCCGCCCUCUGCUACGGAGGGCUCGCCGGGCGCCGUGAUCGGCGGAAACGGUGUAGCUGUCAGUCCAAACCAUGUUGCACUUAUGGCGGGCACACCUGUUCCACCUCCACCGCCUCCUCCGCCCCCGCCGCUUCCGAUGAACGGCACACUGUCAAACGGACCAACGUCAACAAUUCCAGCAGCAGCUCCCCCGCCUCCGCCACCACCCCCUCCGCCUCCCCCGCCACCCCCAGGAAUGCCUACAGAGACGUCAGCCCCUCUCCCUCCUCCGCCUCCUCCAGUGGCCCCCCCACUGCCCGGCUGUGGGACUCCCACCGUUAUCAUGAACUCUGGGUUAGCAGCUGUUAAGAUCAAGAAACCCAUAAAGACCAAGUUCCGUAUGCCUGUCUUCAACUGGGUGGCCCUGAAACCAAACCAGAUCAACGGGACUGUUUUCAAUGAGAUUGAUGAUGAGAGGAUACUGGAGGACCUGAAUGUUGAUGAGUUCGAGGAGAUGUUUAAGACGAAAGCCCAGGGCCCGCCCAUUGACCUCACUGCAAGCAAGCAGAAGGUCAUCCAGAAGGGACCCAACAAGGUGGCUUUGCUGGACUCCAACAGGGCAAAGAACCUGGCCAUCACGCUGAGGAAAGUGGGCAAGACACCCGAGGAGAUCUGCAAAGCCAUUCAACUGUUUGAUUUACGGACUCUGCCGGUGGACUUUGUGGAGUGUCUAAUGCGCUUCCAGCCCACGGAGAACGAGAUUAAAGUCCUGCGACAGUUCGAGAAGGAGCGCAAGCCUCUCGAAAGCUUGACGGAUGAGGACCGCUUCAUGAUGCAGUUCAGUAAGAUCGAGAGGCUCAUGCAGAAGAUGACCAUCAUGGCCUUCAUCGGCAACUUCGCCGAAAGCGUGCAGAUGCUUACACCGCAACUGCAUGCAGUCAUUGCAGCAUCUGUGUCCAUCAAGUCAUCACAGAAACUGAAGAAGAUUUUAGAGAUUAUCUUAGCUCUUGGAAACUACAUGAACAGCAGCAAAAGAGGAGCGGUGUAUGGGUUCAAGCUGCAGAGUUUAGACUUGCUACUUGAUACCAAGUCUACAGACCGGAAACAAACAUUAUUACACUACAUAGCCAAUGUGGUUAAAGAGAAAUACACACAAGUUUCCCUUUUCUACAAUGAGAUGCACUAUGUGGAGAAAGCUGCAGCAGUGUCGCUGGAGAACGUCCUGCUGGAUGUUAAGGAGCUUCAGAGAGGCAUGGAGCUGACCAAAAGAGAAUACAGCAUGCAUGGCCACAACACCAUGCUCAAAGAGUUCAUUGCACACAAUGAGAGCAAGCUAAAGAAGCUGCAGGAUGAUGCCAAGAUCGCACAGGAUGCUUUUGAUGAGGUGGUGAAAUUCUUCGGCGAGAACGCCAAAACCACACCGCCAUCAGUCUUCUUCCCUGUGUUUGUGCGAUUUGUUAAGGCCUACAGGCAAGCGGAGGAGGACAAUGAGCAAAGGAAAAGACAGGAGCAGAUUAUGCUGGAAAAACUUAUGGAGCAAGAAGCCAUGAUGGAGGAAGACCAGAAGUCUCCAUCCCAUAAGAGCAAGAGGCAGCAGCAAGAGUUGAUCCAGGAGCUCAGAAGGAAACAGGUGAAAGACAGUCGCCACGUCUACGAAGGCAAAGACGGAGCGAUCGAGGACAUCAUUACGGAUUUGAGGAAUCAGCCUUACAGGAGAGCGGACGCUGUACGGAGGAGUGUCAGGAGACGCUUUGAUGAUCAGAACCUGCGGCCGGUCAACAAUGGCGACGUAGUCAUGUGAUGAGGGAAUAGUGCAUGUGCUAGGGGGAAGGGAGAAAGGUAUUGGGGGGGUAGAGAGAGAGAGAAAGAGAGUAAGGAGUGACAAAGAGAUCGAAGUAGAGUGAAGGAUGAUGUGUGAAAGUCAGGUGUUUGUAGCAACAUGUGAGAUGAUUAUGUAUAUAUAUUACAUAAGAAUACUCAAUAUUCCACAUCUGUGCUAUAGUAUUAGCAGCAUUUCACUAUGAAGGACUGGGACACGUAUGGGACUGAAUUUAAAGUGUCUGAAAGGUUGAUUUAAAAACCUUUGACGAGCCAAGUGCCUGAAUUUUAUUGUUGUUUUUUUUUUGUGGUUUCACGUCACGUUGCCGUGUUUGCCUAAUGACUGUUCUUAAUAAUCCCACUCUGAGCAAUACAACGUGACCUGGCUUUAAUUUUUCAGAUGUGUAUAACUGGACAUGCGGUGGCCUUAAGAGCCACGUGAAAUGGCGUUACGUGGGGAAAGAUGAUGUAGAAUGUACAGGACGGGUUCUCUUUUUAGCUGUUACAAAUAUUAUUGUUACGGCCCUUUAGUCCGCUCCUCUAACAACAUGAACAUGCUCAACCUGCACUUUUUAAAAAAAUGUUUUUACAUCUCAUGAGGGUUUCUCAAAUUAUUAAAGGGCUGUUAAUGUGGUAUGAACUCUAUAUUUGUACUAAAGCAACUAUAAAGGUAAAUAAAGACCAGUUUAAUGUGAAUUCUGUUUAUAGCAGGUAUCUCCAUACUGAUUCUUCUGUCACGUCUUAUUACGAGUGAUCAGUGAGGGCUGAAUUUGUAGCUUCUAAUCCAUUAAAAAACAACUUAUUUUCAAGUUGUGCAUAUCUGUAGCUGCACAGCUGGUUUUGUGGAAGGAAUUGUGCAGAGCAAGAAAACCGAAUACCUUUUCUAUCGAGGGUAGAAACUGCACGCAAGAUGCGAAACUUUACUGGAUGAUCUCAUUGUCAGAACUGGAUAUAACUAAGCGUCGUGCUUCUGUGAGCGUUUUACAGGCUAACAACAUUCCAGGUCACCGAGUCUACUCGCUUUACUGUAAUUUUAAUGUAUAGUAUUUAACCACUUAAAAGAUUCAUUUAAGCUUAUGUCGUCAUCUAAUGUGUGUUUUAAAACUGGGCAAAACAAAAGUAUACAAAAUAAAAGUUUCCUAAAUGUACAGAUAUUUUGCUACAAACUGUUUUUUUCCUUUUUUUUUUUUUUUUACCUAAUUCACAUCACCAGAUGGUUAAUAUUGUACAUAUUGUUAAAACAGAAGUUUUCCUUGCCUUGUGCUAUACAACUUGAAUGUUAUUUUAACUUAGUUUUUCCCCCCAUUUUUGUAUAUUUAAUUAAACCAAAUUCAGCCAGAAAUCUACAGUAGUGUGUUUGAUCAUCUUUUACUGUUAUGCAGAAGGCAGUGGGGUCACGCACUUUACCUGUUAGGGUGUCAGAGGUGCAUUUAAAAACAAAGAAAGUCUGGAAAAGUUUCUGAUGUGCAGAUGUUUAUACACGCCAACUUAAUGGCUACACUAACAAUCAAAAGUAGUUCUGUUCAUUGUCUCCACUGAAGCAUGUGACGCCAUCGGCUCCUUUUCUUUGAACUUCUCUGUCUGUGGCAGCGUAACUUCUCGAACUGGAUAUUACCAGCAUGCUUUUAUCUUGGACGUUCACCAGAAAUGUAUUUUAGGCAGUUUGUGCUUAUAACAAAAUAACAAUUUUUAAAUUAGGUGAUGAGAUUUUCAAUAUGUUCAAAUAAACUAUUUACAUUAAAUAUAAA